CGAGAGAAGGAGGGAGAGUGAGAGAGAGAGAGACGGAGAGAGACGAGAGAGAGACGAGAGAGAGAGACGGAGAGAGAACAAGAGAGAGAGAGAGAGAGAGAGAGAGAGAACAGAGCGGUAGCUUGGCAUCAUUCUCAUUACAGAACAAGCUUCAGUCAUUGCUAAAAGGGAUCUCCCACAUUAAAUUCAAGGGACUUUUUCUCAUUGUGCUUUUUCAUUUUUUUUAAACCAUGGUAACCAGUUUUUAAUUUUUUUUUAUUUUUUACUUGCAUUUAAACAAAUAUUUGAAUGAAACACUACUUGCUGGAGCACCUACCAAGUUUGGAGUGUGAGAAUUCCUGGCUGGUAUGUUGGACAUGUGUUGUAUUGUAGCACAACUUCCACAGUCAUAGGCUUGGGCACAAGUUUAACUGCGUACUGUACACAUAGCAGGAAGCUUGGUUCUCUAAACCGACUCUCUCUCACACACACACACACGUACACACACACCCACACACACACACACACACACACACACGCACACACACGAACACGCACACAGACACAUGCACACAGACACACGCACGCACACACAAACACAGACUCAACUGAGGGAAUGACAAGGGGGGUGUUUCAGCACAGAGACCCAAGGCCACACUGGAAAAGCCAUGUGCGUUGCUGCUGAAGUGGAGACACUUGUGAACGCGCUUCGUGAGAAUGAGUACUGCUCGGAAUCCAGGCCCUCUGCCACCGGCGGUCUCGCGGAAACGCAGAUGGUAGAGAACAUUUGGUGACCACGGCGACAGAGGAAAAAGACUCAGGAGCCUCACACUGCCACAGGAACGCGGACACACGCGCGUCAGGACAGACGGACAGACGGACAGAAUCCCUGGCCCGGGACUGACAAGGAGGGACAGAGGGCUGGAGGGGCGCGCUCCAAUCUGCCGAGCCUCUUCGAAAGAACCGAGACCCCCGCGAAGACCACAGAGGAGCGGAUGCAGGAAGUGAAUUUUGGCUGAUAGGACCCGCGUGGGACAAAGAGCGCGGCGUCCGCCUUCCGAAACUCCCAGGACUGUCCGAGAAGGGCCGACCAUUUUAAGACGACUCGCGCUCACGAGAAUGCACAGACAUAGGCACACCGAAAUUCUUCUUUCUGAUGUCCCCGGCUUGCAGGCAUUUGUGGAGGCCGGACUUGGUGUGUACUAACAAGGACCAAACCAGGGCUCAAAGGAUGAACGACAAUGAAGAGCAGCCAUUCUCAGCCCACACACUGAUUUAGCCUCUGGAGAUGCACGAAGCAGAGCACUCCUGAUACACACAGCUUCAGGAACGAUAAAAACGAGUGAGGAGACCCAGACAAGGACGAGGUCUCUUGGCUAGCGCGUGAGCGGGACAGAGAACGGGAGAGAGAGAGAGAGAGAGAAACGGAGAGAGCGUUUGGGGGGUUCACAGAGGAAGAUGAUGGAAAAGCUGGAGCCCCCCAUUUCCCCGGGCCCUUCGACCCCGGCGGUCAGUGACAGACAGAGCCCUGUGGAGACCGUGUCCCCCAGGGCCAGCAGCCCCCCGCCAAAUGGGGCGGGGGCACAGGGAGGCACGGCCCAAAGCAGCCCCUCUGCGGAGCCCACCCCAACCCUCACCCCCACCCCCACUCCCACCCCCACCCAUAACGCUGCAGCUGAGCCCAUCGCCUCUGAGACAGCCAACCAGGGAGCAGGGACCGGCUCCCCUUCCUCUACUUCGCCCCUCCUCCUCCCAGGCUCUGACCCUGCCCCCACAACCCCUCCCCUCACCCCGUCCUCCUCCGCCCCUCUCCCGCCCAACAUCCCCGUCAUCAGUCUGGGGCACAGCAAGCCCCCCAUCCCCCUCCCCCUCCCCAACCCCCAGUUCACCGCCCUGCACCCCAUCCCAAACCUGGCCCAGCUGACCUCGCUCUCCAGCCCCAUGUCCUCGCCUGCCUCUCUGCUCCCCCCUGCAUACCUGUCCGGACACCCCUUCCUCAACAGUGCUUACCUUGGCCAAUCAGGAAACUACGGUAUUUACACCAGCAGCCGCUUAAAGAGGAGGCCCUCCCUGCACUUUGAGAUGGAUCUGGCUGAGGCAGGUCCUCCUCAGAAGUUGGCGCGGCGUGUCUUCACCAACAGCAGGGAGCGCUGGCGGCAGCAGAACGUGAACGGGGCCUUCUCCGAGCUGCGCAAGCUCAUCCCCACGCACCCGCCCGACAAGAAGCUCAGCAAGAACGAGAUCCUGCGGCUCGCCAUGAAGUACAUCAACUUCCUGGUGCAGCUGCUGAGCGACCAGGACGGCGGCCUGGCCCGGGACACGGGGGCGGAGCAGCGGGAGGAGGGCGAGGACGCGGGGGAGAGGGCGAAAGGGGUCAAUUCGCCAGACCUGCACCCCCACCUGCGGCGCACCACGCCUCCUCUGGGACUCCCGUUGCCCGGCCGACCGGCCUUGAUCACCGCCUUCCAUGACAGGAACUCUUCUGAUUCCGUGAUUGCCCUGGCAACCUCCCCAAACUCCAGCUGCUAUGGAGACACCGACAGUGAGGAGAGUCUAGGUCCCAGGAACUCCGUCACGGUCACCCGUGGCAACAGCGGCCUGGAUAAGGUCAAGGAACAGCUGCGGACAAUGGCUACCGCGAGUGACCAGCGGUGACGUCGCAUUUGCAGCGACUGUGAAAAAAUAAAAACACAAGUAGAAGAAUCAUUUGGGGAUUUAACAUCUAAACUGACAGUAUUCAAAUACAAUAUCUUUCAUUUAUUUUGAUCAUUUUGACUGUGAUACGGUAUGUUGUCAAAUAAUUUUGUGUGCAUGUGAGCGUGUGCAUCCACAUUGGCGAUGCAAUUAUUUUUCCUAAAGGCUGCGAAUACACAUAGAUAAUAAAUAGUUUACAAUAGCCUGUCUUCGCUGUAUUACCAUAGAAACGUCACUGGAAGAACAAGAGAAAUGCACAGCUCAGGCCCACUCUACUCUGUGUGCCUCAGGUGUGUCUUUAUGUGGUGCAGAGCUCCACUCAAUCUGGCCCUGAGGUGCAUGGGCAUAGAAUGGCAAAUACAACAACAACCAAAAAACAAAACAAAACAAAACAA